AUGUCGGUAAUUCUUUGUACAAACUUACCACUACAUACACCACACCGCACUCAUCACCAACGCACGUUGAGAGCACCGGCCCUUUCCCCCAGCCCCGGUUAUCAUCACUACUUUGUUAACCAGGAGGCUAUUGAAGACCGCGUGCCUCGCAUUUUACCAGGAAUCGACGAAGAAAAACGGGAACGAUUGAAAGUUGAAGAGCCACGACAAUACCUCGGACAUGCACGAUUCGGGAAUGAUCUGACAUCGACACCAGUUAACUGA